GUUUUUCCUAAGCUGGCAUAUGGCAGUCAUGGAUGAAGAAAACUGCACCUCUGUGGCAGAGUUUAUUCUCCUUGGCUUUUCUGAUGUCCCCGAGCUGGCAUUCUUUCUGUUUCUGGUGUUUCUUCUCAUUUAUGGAGUGACAGUCAUAGCAAAUUUGGGCAUGACUGUGCUGAUUCAAGUCAGCUCUCAGCUUCACACUCCUAUGUAUUUUUUCCUCAGCCACCUGUCCUUUGUGGAUUUCUGCUAUUCCUCCAUCAUUGUGCCAAAGGUGUUCACUAACAUCAUUAACAGGGAAAAAGUUAUUUCUUACCUGGAAUGCAUGGUGCAAUUUUAUUUAUUUUGUGCUUUUGCUGUCACGGAGGUCUUUCUAUUGGCUGUGAUGGCCUAUGACCGCUACGUGGCCAUUUGUAACCCACUACUGUACAUGGUGAUCAUGUCCCCAAAGCUCCGCAUGGUGCUGGUGUCUGGCUGCUACCUCUAUGCAUCAGUUUGUUCUCUGAUUCACCUCUGCUUAGCCCUUGACAUCCCAUCCUUUAAGUCAAAUGUGAUCAACCACUUCUUCUGUGAUCUGCCUCCUCUCUUAAGUCUUGCUUGCUCAGAUGUUACCAAGAAUGAGUUAUUCCUCUUCGUCAUUGUCAACUUCAAUGAGAUUCUCACCAUUGUAAUCAUCUUCAUCUCCUAUUUGUUAAUUCUUGUUACCAUCCUGAAGAUGCGCUCUGCAGAGGGGAGACGCAAAGCCUUUUCUACCUGUGCCUCCCACCUCACGGUCAUCAUUGUCUUUCAUGGAACAAUCCUCUUUAUUUAUUGUCAGCCAAGCUCUGGCAAUAGUGUAGAUGUUGAUAAAGUAACUACAGUUUUCUAUACUGUGGUCAUUCCCAUGCUGAAUCCCCUAAUCUACAGUCUGAGGAAUAAGGAUGUGAAAGAAGCUCUCAGAAAAGUGUUAGGUUCUAAAAAGAAUUCUCUCCUAGAAUUUUUAUUUCACAAAGUCUAAGGAUCUAUAUUGAAGUCCCAUGUAUUGACAAAUAUUAAUUGAAUAUGGAGCAUAGAAAA